AUGGCGAAGGAGAAGUUCGAUCGGUCGAAGCCGCACGUGAACAUCGGCACGAUCGGCCACAUCGACCACGGGAAGACGACACUCACGGCCGCGAUCACCCAUGUGAUGGCGAAGCAUGACGCCUCCAACGCGGUGCGGACGUUCGACUCGAUCGACAACGCGCCCGAGGAGAGGGAGCGGGGCAUCACGAUCGCCACCGCCCACGUCGAGUACACGACCGCCAACCGGCACUAUGCCCAUGUCGACUGUCCCGGCCACGCCGACUACAUCAAAAACAUGAUCACAGGUGCCGCGCAGAUGGACGGCGCGAUCCUGGUGGUGGCCGCGACCGACGGGCCGAUGCCGCAGACCCGGGAGCACAUCCUGCUGGCCCGCCAGGUGGGUGUCCCCUGUUUGGUGGUGUUCCUGAACAAGGUGGACGUGCUGGACGACCCGGAGCUGCUGGAGCUGGUCGAGCUUGAGGUGCGGGAGCUGCUCACGUCGUACGAGUUCCCGGGCGACGACAUCCCGGUCGUUGCGGGCUCCGCGCUCGCGGCGCUCGAGGGCAAGCCCGAGGGCGAGGAAGCGGUCGACAAGCUGAUGGCGGCGGUGGACGAGUACGUCCCGCUGCCGGAGCGUGACAUCGACAAGCCGUUCCUGAUGCCGAUCGAGGAUGUCUUCUCUAUCUCUGGCCGCGGCACCGUCGUGACCGGGCGCGUCGACCGGGGGAGGGUGGUCGUAGGCGAGGAUGUCGAGAUCGUCGGUUUCACUGAGACCCAGAAGAAGGUUGUGACCGGCGUCGAGAUGUUCCGGAAGCUGCUCGACGAGGGGGUCGCCGGCGACAACAUCGGCGUCUUGCUGCGCGGCACCGAGAAGGAUGACGUGGAGCGGGGCCAGGUGCUCGCGAAGCCGAAGUCGAUCACGCCGCACACCAAGUUCAAGGGCGAGGUGUACGUGCUGUCGAAGGACGAGGGCGGACGGCACACCCCGUUCUUCAACGGGUACCGGCCGCAGUUCUACCUGCGGACGACCGACGUCACCGGCGUGGCGAGCCUGCCGGAAGGCGUGGAGAUGGUGAUGCCGGGCGACAACGUGACGAUCAACGUGGAGCUGAUCACGCCGGUCGCCCUCGAGCGGGGACUGCGGUUCGCGAUCCGGGAGGGGGGCCGGACGGUCGGUUCGGGCACGAUCACCGAGAUCGUCGAGUAG